UUUUAUUUACAGUUUGCAGUCUGUUAAAAAUUUUUUUGAGGCGUUUAUUGACGAGAAUAAUAUUAUAUAUUAAAUUAUAUUGAAUGAUACCCAAAUGUCUCCUAAGAAAAAAACUUCCACCGGGUUGAUUUCUGGUGAGCAAAAACUAACUCGGCUACGGAGAAAAUGUAUAGUCAAAAAUUCAAGCAAAGUUUGCAAGGAUGAUUUAGGUGGCGACAUCGUGAUCAGCUGCAAAACAGAUAUAAAACCAGUGACCAGAGGCAUAAAAAGAAAAGGUACCCAAAAUAAAAUUGAAGCUGUUAACAAUGAACAGGCAGCAAAUGACAGUAAAAAUACUGAAAUAAAUUCUUCAAAUAAUAAUCAAACUCUUGAUAAGAAAAGAAGAAUUACUCGUAAACUAGACAUUAAGUCUAGUAAUGUCGCCAGAAAUCGUAAAAGAAAUGCUCAAGUAAAGAAAAAAGAAAAGAGUGAUGUAAAAUCUAAACCUCUGACAUUAAAAUGUAAAGUAAAUCCUAAAGAUCUUAAAAUUGUAAAAACAUUUGUCAAUGACUAUGUACCUGAUGAAGUUCCUAUAGAAAAUGAGACUAACUCAGAGAUGCCAACAAUAAAUACAACCACUAAAUGUUUUGAUGCUUUACCAUCUGAUAAUCUUAAAAAAAAUCCAUUUAUAAAACUUAAAAAACUUGUAAUUGAUAAUAGCAGUUAUAUAAGAGAUAAGUCUGAAAAAUCUUUGGAAAAUAACAAUAAUUCUAAUACUAGUGGACAAAGUAAUUGUGGGAAUAAUAUUGACCUUAGUUCAGAUGCUUUAUGCCAAGAUACAUCACCGAGUGGAGACCCCUCUCAGGAGAUGGAAUUAGACCCGUUGCAUUUCUUAGAUCACUACACAUCAAUGUUACACCAAUAUACUGGAUUCAGUGUUGAAAAGAAUGUUGACUUUUCGAAAAAAAAAUUGAAUUUAAAUAUACAAACAGAAGAAUUAAAAAUUAUUAAAUUUGGAGGAAUAAUUAGAAGUGAUGCUUCUUCAAGUAGUGAUAAUGUUGAUAAAGAAUCAAUAUCACUACAAAUAAAUGUGAAAAAAUUAAACAACACACCCAAACCAAACGUUACAGAGCAAGUACCUGAAGCUGUUAUAGAAGGAUCAGAUUAUGAUCCAGAAAAUUUUGAUAAUACUAACGAUGAUGAUGAUGACGACACCAUAUCACUUUUUGCUGAAAGCAUUUCAAAUUUUGAAACUAACUCUAUAGUGUCUUACAAUUCUAAAGUAGAUAAGAAUGAACCUAUUGUUGAUAUUAGAGAUGAUACUGGCAUCUUCAAAAUCCCAAAACCAGUAGUACUUAAACAGUGUAUUCAGGUUUGUGAGAAACAAAAAGCCGACUCAACAUCAUUUGGACUAUCUGAUAUUUCUGGUAAAAAAAUUGAGUAUAUUAAACCUGAAACUAAACUCAACAACAAGUUUACUACUAAAACAACAAAAAGUCACAUUUUAUCACCAGUCUUGCCAGGAUCAGACAUACCAUUGAAACUUAUAAGAAGUACUGUCUUUAAGGGCUUCUGCAUUUUCAACAUAGUGAAAAUUUGCAAGAAUAGUAUUUGUCAUUUCCCACACACUACUCCGACACAACGUUUUGUAAGUGAAAAGUUAAUUGAAUUGACUAAAAAACAAUUCCAACAAGAAUUUCAAAUGGUAUGUAAUCAGGCUCAAUUAUUAAGGUUAUAUGGACUUGUAUAUAUAAAUGAAGGAAUUCGUCGAAAAAAUUAUAGAAUAGUAGUAAAAAUAACAUUACAUGCUUUAAUUAGUUUUGAACAUACCCAAGAAAAGCAAAUGCUAACUGAAAUAGUGGAAAGGACGUUGUUAUAUUUGAAUCAAGUGGAUUUGAGUAAAAUUAGUGACUUAUUGAUUUCCGAAUUUAAUCCAGGUGUUUAUGUGUGUGAUAAGUUUUUGGAAGUAAUAGGACAAACUCAAAACUUCUCUAGAUUUAAAGAAGUGUUUGUGAAGUUGGCAAUAUUAAUGUGUCAACGAAAUAGGACUUUUAACAGUGAGACAGUGUUGCAGAUUGUAGAAAGGUUGUGUAUUUUGCCGUAUUCGUCUGAUUUAGCGCAAGCGGUUAUUGAAAUAUUGAAGAGGACUGAUAGGGUAGUGUUUUGUAAUUCAUUGAUUAAUGUUUUUGAGCAAAAACUUUUGAAAUUUGACAAUCAGUUGCAUAAAGAAUAUAUUAAGUUAAGAGACUCAUCUAGUAAUCAGUGCACAAGAAUAGAUAAUGGUGAUACAGUGUGGAAUAUAUCUGAUAAUGCCAUCAGGUGCUCUCCAGAUACUACAAACAAAGACAAUCUGGAUAGACAUGAAUAUGUGGAACCAGACGCAUUUCAACCGCAUAGGCCUCAAUUCAUUUGGGGCAGUCCGGCUCCUAUUAACCAAUUCUCCAGAACAUUUAGACCUGGAACUCCACAGAUACCACCAUUCAUUAGUCAACGUUUUACCUCACAACAGAAUAUACCUCCAAAGAAAAAUAAAAGGCCGUAUAGUGAUCUUAAUAUGUAAAUGUAUGGUACAAUUGUUUAUAACUCUGUGGUGAAAAUCUGAGUCUCUGGUGUUACCUAUGAACAGUCUCUGUUAUCUUUGAAAAGUUUAUCAAAAUGCAUAGACAGAAUAGAUAAUUCAAUUUUGUUGUGGCAUUAAAUUUUUUAUCUGUAGCCUUAACACGAACAAUGAAAUUGUCGGAAUAUUUUUAAGUUUUAUGAAUAAAUUAAAAUUAUUAAUCUUUAAGCAAAACUCCUUGUUCAGAUGAGGUCAUGACCCCUAUGGCCGUUCCUUUGGUCCUACAUAUUUAUGCGUAUUUGGAACGAUAGCGAAGAAGUACCUAUAGUAAUGUAUCAAUAACAAACGUAUAAAAAGGGAUUUAGUAUAUUAUAUUAUGUAGUCGCGUUUAGUACCAAAUACGCCCAUGUUGCUCAGGCUCUCAUAAAAUAAUCAUACAAAAUAAAAUCUUACAUUUACACAUUGUUCAGAAUGUAAACAUUCAACAUACUAAACUACUGUUACAUAGUGUACGGGUACUGUAUGUUUAUAUAAUUACUUGUUUUUUUGAUAAUUGAAAUUGUAUAUUAUGCUUUAUGUAAAAAAAGGUUGUAGCUAUAGUACAUAUCUGUAGAGUGGUACUUAUUCUUAAUUUGCAAGACAAGAUAAAUUCGUGUAUCAAACCUAGGACAUUUGCCUUACGGAAUCGUGCCUUUAGUUAUGAUUUUGGUUUGUGUUGGAUGACGGCAGUAGUUUGGGUAUAGUAGAUUUCCAAUUUUAUAAUUUAACUAACAUGAUAUGAAUCUCUUUUAAGAUCCUAUUUUUACAUGUAACUUCAACAAUUUUUAAACAUUUGACCAAAAUUAUAAAAAUAAAAUAAAAAAAAAUAUUUGUUCGCUCUUUACACUCAUAUUUGAUCAUCAAUAUAAAGUAUUUAAAACCGUUCAAAUAAUAUUCAAAUAUACAUGUCUAUGUUUAAAACAUAUCAAAUAGCCUUUUUAAUAUUUUAAAAACGGGUGUAAGUUAAAAUCUUAACCUUAGCUCUAACCAAUAUCCUAUGGCACAGUUGAACUGUCAUUUUCAUACAAAUGUAUAUUCAUAUACACCGCUCCGACCUACCAUGGAUAGCUUGUAUCGACAAAUGGCUAUUACAAUCCGUCGAUUAUUGGCACACUUAUCAAUAUUUGUAUUAAUCUCAGCUGGGCAUAAAUGGAUUGAGAUAGGUUGUUGGGUAUGGGGGUAAAGAGUGGACAAAAACUGUUACUUUUAUUACUAAAAAUUUAAAUCCUGUGAGCAAAGUGAGAUCUAGGAAGUAUAAAGUACCAGUGAUUUUUAGCUAAGUUUUUUUCCACAUUUGUUGCCAAAUGAUGUACCUACGUCUUGAAUUUAAUUUGCACGGUAUUUAAAUAUGAUAUCAUAUUAAGCGAUAACUAGUCUUAGCUUAAGCAUAUUUAGAGUGUCUAAGAGCUUUAUAUUUUCUUACCGAGAAUUUAUAAAUUUAAAUACCUCAAUAAUGGAAUCCAUUAAGUAAUACGUUUUCAUCCACCACUCGUAUCACAUACAACUUCGCGCGUAUUUGGAACUACGCGAAACGAUUAGCUUUCGGUUAGUUCCGUGUAUGCCAUCGGAGUUGUUUUGGUUGCAUAGUAAAACUAAGGGGUUGGUAAUAUUUAACGAGACUUGUUUUUUUUUUUAUUUAUGCAAACGGGCGGGAGGCUCACCUGAUGUGCGAAUGCGUUGCCGGCCUCUUAAAAUUGUUUUGAAGAAUUGUGUAAGUUUUCACGAGUGAGGUUGAGAUCUACUUCGAUUGUUUUUAAAAAGAGAGCUGUCGAAGAAUUACAUUAUCGUAUGCUUGACAAAACAAUCGUUGAGAUAACAGAGGGACAGAUGGCAACCCAGAUAAGUCAUUCUCCAGAACAUUGCAUAUUGUUUCUCCAUCAUUUUGGUCUGUUUCGCAUUGGAAGGCAGAUCUUUUAUUUAAGAUAAUCGUUUAUAUUAGACUAUUGUGUUGUAAAUCUUAACUGAAAUAAACUGGCAAUUUUUAAUAGAUUAGCAACAAGCAAAAGUGCUUUAUCUAUUAAAAAAGUUCCUAUUAAUACAUCGACAUAUUAAUACAUAAAGUAUUAAUACAUCAACGACUUAAAUUAUGUAUAGUAAGUCAAAAAACUCAUGGCAAUGUCUGAACAAAAGUUUAUUUCAAUUUUUACAGGACACAAGAUUAUCUUAACUAUGCAAAAAACAAAAGCAGUAUUUUUUGCCAUUAGUUUUGACUCAAUAAAAGUUUGAGCUUAAAACCUGUUGAAAAUCGUAUUAAGUUAUUUUGAAAAUAAAGUAUUUUCAUAUA